AUGCACAUGGUGGCAUUUCAUAAACGGGACAAGGUCGAAAAGAUGGUUAAUAGGCCAGGUGUAGAAGAGUCAAUGUUGACAGCAUACUUCGAUGCAAACAGGCAUGAUGAGGAAGCUCGCAAAAUCUUAUAUCGAGACUUCCCAGAGUAUUUUACCUGGCAGUCUGAUGGUAAAUUCUGGCAAAAAAGGAAAAACUAUGUUUUCCAAAUUGGUAGAGUCAUCUCAGCCCAUCCUGCCGAGGGUGAACGCUACUUUCUUCGUGUUCUCUUGAACAAUGUUGCUGGUGCUACCUCAUAUGAACACCUUAGGACAGUUGAUGGGGUGCUACUACCUUCGUUUCGUGAAGCUGCAGAAAGGAGGGGUCUAAUCGAAGAGGAUAAUACCCUAGAUGAAUGUCUAACAAAAGCUACUUUGUUUGAGAUGCCUAGCUCUAUAAGAAGGCUAUUUGCAACAAUAUUGGUAUUCUGCGAACCGCAUGAUGUGAUGGGGUUGUGGACAAAACACUACGAUGCAAUGUUAGAGGAUUAUAGCCGCAAUAAUCCAUCCUCAGAUCUCGUGCAACAAAUGGUUUUGAUAGACAUUAGAAACAUGUUGCAGUCUAUGGGAAAGGACAUAAGGUCAUUUCCUCUUCCAGAUAUUGAUCACUCAUAUGAUGAUGCCAGCCAUAUACCUCGUGAGAUAUUUGAGGAAGCUAGCGUUGAGCAGAAUCCUCAAGAUGUGCUAUUGUGUGACUCACUCAACGCUGAGCAAAAGUCUGCCUACAAUGAGAUAAUGGCAGCUGUCUACAGCAAACAAGGCAGGCUAUUCUUUGUGGAUGGACCUGGUGGGACAGGAAAGACAUUUUUAUAUAGGGCACUGCUCGCAAAACUACGUAGCCAGGAUAAGCUUGCCGUUGCCACAGCUACAUCUGGGGUCACAGCGGCCAUAAUGCCAGGUGGGAGGACGGCCCACUCGCGUUUCAAGAUACCCCUAACUCUUCAAGAGGGCGGUUGUUGUAGCUUCAUGAAACAGAGUGGUACUGCCAAGUUGUUGCAGCAAGCAGCUCUCAUAAUUUGGGACGAGGCAUCUAUGACAAAGAGGCAAAAUUUGGAAGCACUAGACAACAACCUACGUGAUAUCAUGGGUCGGUCACACCAACCCUUUGAUGGGAAGACUGUUGUCCUUGGUGGGGAUUUCAGACAAGUCCUCCCUGUUGUGCGGAAAGGAUCUAGGGCUCAAAUAGUCGGUGCUUCUCUACGAAGGUCGUAUCUUUGGGAAUCCAUGCGCCACCUAAAGCUUGUUCGCAACAUGAGGGCUCAGAGUGAUCCGUGGUUUGCAGAUUAUUUGUUGCGCAUUGGUGGUGGAACGGAAGAGGUUAACGGAGAUGACAAUGUUCGUAUUCCAGAUGAGAUCUGUAUCCCGUACUCUGGUGAUGCCGAGAAAGAUCUUCAUAGUCUGAUUGACAGCAUCUUUCCAAAUCUGAAUGCAAACAUGGCGGACAAAGACUACAUCACCACCAGGGUGAUUUUAUCUACACGCAAUGAUUGGGUGGACAUGAUCAAUAUGAAAAUGAUUGAUAUGUUCCAAGGUGGUGAGACGAUGUAUCACAGUUUUGACACCGCGGUAGAUGAUCCACAUAACUACUAUCCAUCGGAGUUUCUUAAUAGCCUGACCCCCAACGGGCUACCACCAGAUGUCUUGAAGCUCAAGCUCGGGUGUCCUGUCAUAUUGCUUAGGAAUAUUGACCCCGCCAAUGGGCUAUGCAAUGGUACAAGGAUGGAUGAACACAUUUGCAUAAGAUUCCACUUUGGUGGUACAUUUACUAGGGUGGGAGGCGCUCUGUUCUAUGUUGGAGGAGACAAUGCUGAAUCAUGGAUCGAUGUGGACAAGCUUUCUUAUUUUGAGAUCAAGGGCCACCUAGCUGAUCACUACAAUUCACCAAGUAUGUUCAGGUUGUAUUAG